AUGGUUGAGCAACUGCUUUUUGAUCACAAUAUCAAAGUUGAAGCAAGAGCAAUGUCAAAUGACAAGCACAAGCCAAACCUCAUUUCUGGCUCAACAUUGACAAUUCGAGGCAAGUUUAAUUCUUUAGCCACGCUUCUAACCACGAUCUUGCUCCUCCUUGUUGCUUCUUUCACCAUAGAAAGCAGAAGAUGGGUGGAUGAUCAGAAGACUCAGAAAAGCCGAGCCAAGUCAAUAUCAAACUGCAAUCUGUUUUCGGGCAAAUGGGUAUAUGACAACAAGUCUUAUCCUCUGUACAAAGAGAACCAUUGCUCAUUCGUUUCAUUGUUCAAUGGGGUGGCUUGUGAAAAAUCCGGCCGGAUGGAUAUAAAAUACCAGCAUUGGAGGUGGCAGCCCAAUGGCUGUGAACUUCCCAGGUUUAAUGCCAUAGCAAUGCUGGAGAGGCUAAGGGGCAAGAGGCUAGUGUUCGUGGGGGACUCAUUGAUCCGAAACCAGUGGGCUUCAAUGGUCUGCCUGCUCGAGUCAUCCAUCUCCCCCGCUCUGAAAUCCGUGACCCCGAAUGGAUCGUUAACCAACUUCAAGAUCAAUGAAUACAAUGCAUCAGUUGACCACUAUUGGGCUCCAUAUCUUGUGGAAUCAAUCUCCGAUCAUCCUGUCCACCAUCACUUCUCAGACGAGCAGGUCUUGAGAGCCAAUGCAAUCGAAAGCCAUGCCAGGCAUUGGACAAAUGCAGAUAUCCUUGUCUUCAAUUCUUAUAUGUGGUGGAGAAGGCCAAAAUUUAAGGUCUUGUGGGGAUCAUUCGACAGCCCAAACAGGAUCUACAAAGAAGUCGAGAAGCUACGCACUUUUGAAAUGGUUCUAACCACAUGGUCAGAUUGGUUGGAGAUCCAUGUAAAUCGUUCCAAGACACAGAUUUAUUUUCUUAGCAUGUCGCCUACACACGAAAGGGGUGAAAGGUGGGGAAAGGGUAAGGGAGAAAAUUGCUACAAUGAAACAGAGCCAUUCACAGAAGAGGGGCAUCAUGAAAGUGAAACAGAACCCAAAAUGAUGCGAAUGGUGGAAGCUGCAAUCAACAUGAUGGCAAGAAGAGGCUUGAAGGUUCAAACACUUAACAUAACACAGCUUUCAGAGUAUCGAAAAGAUGCACACACAUCGAUCUAUCGAAGACUGUGGGGGCGUUUAUCGAGAGAACAAUUGGCGAAUCCCAUAAGCUAUGCAGACUGUGUUCAUUGGUGUAUUCCUGGAGUCCCUGAUGUUUGGAAUGAGCUGCUUUAUGCUUAUAUUUUUCAGCAGUCAAGUCCUAAAUGA